ACUUGUUAUUGUAUUGACGUUCCUUGUUGCCCUAGAAUGAAGCUCUGGCACGUAACCUUGUUUUUGGUUGUAUGUUUGACACUAUCUGAGGCUGGAAAAAAGAAGAAGAAAAAUAAGGAAGAAACUAAAACCGAUAAGAAGAAUGCAAAGUGCGAGAAGAGGGUGGGGAGGUUUGAUCAGUGCCUGUCGUUAGGGUACCAGCCUAUACACUACAAGUCCUGCCAGGAUUUAUCCAUCGAGUUGGAGGGCAAAAAGAAGAAAACAUGCAAAAGAUUAGAAAUGAGCAUCAAGAAGAGAUGUAGUUAUACCUGUCAACCAAUGCUAGGAGGUAUCACGGAGCUGAGUGUUGAUGAUAAGGACGCAAUAGAAGCAGCAGAUAUCGGACUCAGAGAGCUGAGAGACCGUGCAGUGCGUCAGGGAACCCUAGAUGAGGACAGUGCUUUCGUCAGAGGAGAAAUCGUCCGAGCUAGAUACCAGGUGGUGGCAGGAGAAAGGUUCAUGAUAACAAUGAAGCUUGGUGUAACGGACAAGACAGAGUGUGCAGCAGCUGCAAAGGACAGAAUUGUGUCCUUUUCCGAUUGUAGUCACGAAGAAAAUAUGGGGACAUACUACUUUUCAUUUGUACGAGCUUCCUGGAAAAUGCCUCAAUACUACUUUGAAGAAUUUCAAGACAUAGACGGACCCGGGCUAAAAACCAAAUACUGGGAACGUGAUUUUACAGAUAAUUCUAGAUGAUUAAUUAAACCAAUGGAACAUUUUACGUUACACAUAUAUUCGGUGUAAAUCGUGCAGUUUUUUAUGCAUAUAAAAAAUGUUUGUUUUUUCUGUUUUUUCUUUUCUUUUUAAGUUUUUAGGAAUUUGACCUCAUUAAAGGCUAGAUAUUAUGUACUUUUAAGUUUUGAGACCUGAUAUUACUUAUUCAUUUAAAUGAUGUUAAUAAUAGUAUUUAGUUUUUACUCUUGAA